AUGAAGCAGAUGCACAUACCAAACUACCUUUGGGGAGAAGCAGUAAGGCACUCGACUUACCUCUUAAACCGCAUUGCCACAAGAACGCUCGUGGAUAUGACACCGUAUGAAGUUUUUCAUGGAAAGAAACCUAACGUGAAUCAUCUUCGUGUGUUCGGAUGCAUUGCAUAUGCACGAAUAGAGAGACCACAAUUGAAGAAGCUGGAUGAUAGAUCGAGGAUGCUUGUCCAUCUAGGAACAGAACCAGGAUCCAAAGCAUAUCGUCUGCUGGAUCCACAGACGAGGAAGAUAACAGUCAGUCGUGAUGUCGUGUUUGACGAGACGAAAGGAUGGAACUGGAGCCACACCAAACACCAAGAAAGUGGAGACGAUUUUACCUUGGUAACAGGAAGCUUUGGUGAAAGCAAAGAUCGAGAAACAGGGGAGAGCAGUAAAGGAAAGGAGAUUGUAGAGAGUUGUUUCAAAGAACCACAAGAGUCUAAAGAGUGGAUGCGUGCGUGUGAGGAUGAAAUCAGCUCCAUUGAGAAGAAUAAUACAUGGGAUCUUGUGGAACUUCCUUAUGGAGCCAAACCAAUCGGUUUAAAGUGGGUGUUCAAGCUAAAACGGAACUCCGAUGGAAGCAUCAAUAAAUACAAGUCUCGACUCGUGGCUAAAGGGUAUGUACAACGUUAUGGGAUCGAUUUUGAAGAAGUAUUCGCUCCGGUGGCAAGAUUAGAAACGAUAAGAUUCCUUAUUAGUUUGGCGGCAACAAGUGGAUGGGAAAUCUAUCAUCUGGAUGUAAAGACAGCCUUCCUUCAUGGAGAAUUGAAAGAGACUGUCUAUGUCAAGCAACCGGUGGGUUUUGAAGUCAAAGGAAGAGAAGGAAAAGUGUACAAACUCAACAAAGCACUAUAUGGAUUGAGACAGGCACCAAGAGCUUGGAAUCACAAGUUGAAUCAAAUCCUCAUGGAGCUCAGGUUUGCGAAGUGUUCAAAGGAGCCAUCGGUUUACCGGAAGGUAUCAGGAGAUAAUCUUCUUCUCAUCGCUGUGUAUGUCGACGAUCUUUGUUACAGGAACGAACAAGAAAAUCAUUGA